CAGAAAGCCGGAUGUGACAUCAGCUUGCUUCCUCUUCCCUCAGCCGCACGCUCUGAGGAACUCCUCAGGUGGCUGUGAUUCUCCAUUGCACACUCAUCCUUCUGUACUUCUGCCUACUGCCAAUCACAGGAGUCGUCAUGCCUGGGCAUCAGAAGAGUCAAGAAGGCACCCAUGGUGAAGACCUUCUGAUCCUCAAUGAGAUCCAGGGCCCAGAGGUUGCACAGGUGUCAGGGGCUGUGGAGGCGCCCUCUACCUCCUCCUCCCAGCUUCUGAUGCCUGGCAACCUGAGUGAGGCUCCUGGUGCUCUAACAUCCAGCACACCCAGCACUCCUGAGGAUCUUCAGAAUUCCUGCUCCUCUCCUGUUGCCGUUAUGGCCCCCUCUUUGAUCCAGUCCAGUGAAGGCUCUGGUAGCAAAGAAGAGGAGAGUGUUCCAAACACCUCAGCGAUGGUGGCAGACCCCGAGCAUGUGCCCAAAAGUGCUCUGGAUGAGAAAGUGGCUUUCUUGGUGAAUUUCCUGCUGCUCAAGUAUCAAAUGAAAGAGCCAGCCCGAAAGGCAGAUAUGUUGAAGUUCAUCAUGGAAGAUGAUGAGGUCCGCUUCUGUGAGAUCCUCCUGCGGGCCUCUGAGCGCCUGGAGAUGGUCUUUGGCCUUGAUGUGAAGGAAAUGGAUCCCAUCAACCAGUGCUAUGGCCUCUCCAUCAAGCUGGGCCUCACCUACGAUGGGAUGCUUAGUGAUGAAGAGAAUAUACCCAAGACCGGGCUCCUGAUACUCAUGCUGGGUGUGAUCUUCAUGAAGGGUAACCGUGCCACUGAAGAGGAGAUCUGGGAUGUGCUGAAAAUGACCGGGAUCCAUCGUGAUCAGAAGCACUUCAUCUUCGGGGAUGCAAGGCAGCUCAUCGCCCAUGAUUUUGUGAAUGAAAAGUACCUGGAGUACCACCAGGUGGCCAACAGUGAUCCAGUGCAGUAUGAGUUCCAGUGGGGCCCAAGAGCCCAUGCAGAAACCAGCAAGAUGAAAGUCCUCGAGUUUUUGGCCAAGGUUCAUGGAACCAACCCACGUGAUUUCUCAGCUCAGUAUGAGGAAGCUCUGCUAGAAGAAGAGGAGAGAGCACUGGCCAGAAUUUCAAUUGAGUCUGCCUCCAGUUCCUUGGCCACUGCCAGUUCCAGUGCCAUGGGUGGCAGUUCCUCCAGCAUCUAGUAAAGUCAGAAAUAGCUCCUUCAUGUAGUGUUCAAGGCCAGUGUUUAGUGCUGAAAGAGUGUAUGGCUCCAGGGAAAACGUAGGCCUGAAGGGAAAAGACUAUAUCAUCCCUGUGUUCCUAUUUUGUGUGCAUAAAUUGAUAAUUCAUUCUUUUAUUUUUUGAUGUUUUUAUCAUUCAAAUGUUGUUUAAUAAUGCUUCACUUUGAAAUCUCUUAAGUUGCAAAUGACAUUGGUCAUACAUUUAAUGCAGUUUUACGUGAUUGAGUACUAUGUCCUUUGACACCUUUUAAAACAUACUUGGAAACCAUACAUUUAUUUUGUGAUCUGAAGCAUAACAUGGAUAAGGUGCAUUUCUCUAAAAUUUCUUUGGUAAUUUGAAAGAACUCGGGUUUCAUAUAGUUUUUAUCAAUUGUAAGAAAUAAAUUUUAAGAUUCAAUGUUGGCUUAUUUCUUUUAGUCUCUUUUUGU